AUGUCUUCUCCUCAAGCACCUUCCACCAUGCGAGCCAUGCAGAUCAGCUCCAGUGCUGGAGGCAUUGAGAAGAAUCUCCAUAUCAAUGCUUCAGCGCCAAUACCAAAACGGAAGCCAGACCAACACCUUGUGGAGGUCAUUGCUACGGCUCUGAAUCCUGGUGGGAGAGCGAAUAACCCAAAGGUUCCCGGGACAUCCUGCUAACCUGCUUGCCAGUUGACUACAAGCCAGUGGAAGCUCCCUUGGUCACUCGCUAUCUUCUAUCUAAACCUCACACGCCCGUCAUCGAUUACGUGGGCAAGAUAGUCCAGCCUGCGGACGGCUCUUCUCUGCAACCCGGACAGAUUGUAUUCGGAGGUGCCAGCGUGCACGUGUUGGGAGGCGCACUUGCCGAGUACACCACCUCCAAGAAAACCUCAGUCGCUCCAUUGCCCGAAGGUCUGGAUCCUGUCUGGGGCGCCACUGUCUGUGUCGCAGGCUUGACCGCGUACCAGUCAAUCAGUCCUUGCGUGAAAGAAGGAGAUAGCGUCUUCUUAAACGGUGGCAGCGGCGGCACUGGGGUCUUCGGUAUCCAGAUUGCCAAGGCAAAGGGCUGCCACGUCACGACUACCUGCUCAACUCCGAAUGUGGAGCUCUGCAAGAGCCUUGGUGCCGACGAAGUCAUCGACUACAAGAAAUCAAAUGUGCUUCAAGCUUUGAUCGCCAGCGGCAGGAAAUACGACCAUGUCGUAGACAACGUCUCCGGCCAGCCUGAGCUCUACUUCAAAAUGCACGAAUACACCCGGCCAGGAGCGGUUUGGGUGCAGGUCGGAGCCAAGGUUACCUUGACGGGACUCAAGCAGAUAACCUCCAUGAUGCUCCUUCCUGGAUUCUUGGGCGGUGGCAAGCGUAAGUUUCAGUUCUUCGCCACAGAUCAAAAGACAGAAGAUCUCGCGCAGAUCGGAGCCUGGAUGAAGUCAGGGCAGGUCAAGCCCAUCAUCGACUCCAAAUUCAAGUUCGAGGAUGCACCCAGAGCCUUCGAGAGGCUCAAGACAGACCGAGCGCGGGGAAAGAUUGUAGUAGAAGUUGCGACAGAGUCGUCGUAA